AUGGAUCGCAAUGUUAUUAGAGAUAUACCCCGCCAGAUCGUAUCUUGGUACGGGCUGACUGCCCAGAAGGGAAUUACACUAGUGGUAGUUAUAUUCGCCCUUGCAGUAACCUUGUUUUUGGUGAAUGUGGCAGCAAAUGUUUCCUCGUUCUGGUCGCCAAUGAAAGCGUAUAAUUAUGCACUGCAGGAUGUCGGAAAUGAUUUUUUCAACAAAGGAUUUCAGACAAAUUCCAACUACAACGAAGUAGUUGACAUAAUUAUGAUAUGCUUUUUGGCAGUUACUGGCGUGUGCAUUGUAAUUAAUAAGCUUGCAAUUUUCAUUGGUCUUAAGCUUAUGGUCACUAUAAUUAUAUCGUAUUUACUCAGAUGCACAACACUAAUGGUCACAGGCCUUCCAGACUCUUGGGAUUUGGGUCUUCGAACCAUAAGCAACACAUUUUCAGAUCUCUCCCGAGAAAGAGGGGGCGACUUAAUAUACAGUGGUCAUACUUUGCUUGUGUGUGCAUUUGCUCAUUGCUGGAGCUCAUUCUAUCUUCUAAGUGACUCCUUCAGUGUGCACGUUAUAACGGCUUUAUGUGCAUGGAUUGUUUUUGGCACAAUUGUAACCUUCAUUAUUGUUGGGAGACUGCACUAUACAAUUGAUGUCCUGCUUGCUUUAUAUAUUACAUCUGGUAUAUGGUGGGGUCUAGACUACUUCCUCAUUAAAUACUUUGAGAUGCCUGUGUUCAACUUAAAAUUUAGAAGAGAAAGACUGCCUCCUAUGAUUGGCGGCAUGCAAAUAGAAAAUACACAUAUGGAGGAAACCCCAAAUAUAGUUGUGCAUUAA